GAACAACCAGAGAUCCACAGGUGCCCUUGAGAAAGAGACAGCUGAGAGAAUAACAUAAAAACAUAGUUAGAAUAAGCAAGUUGUAAGAAGUGCAGAAGAGGUAGAGGGAUAAAUAAGCAAGCAAUUCAGGGCAUCACUCAAAGACGUUCAAAUCCUCACAAUGGCAGAGCAGUGGGGAGAAGCUAUGUUUGCAGCCAGGCGGCGAGGUGAUGAUACAACACGGGAAGCAGCCUUUGUAUACACCAACAGCAAUAACACCAGAGAUCCAUUUGAGGGACCCAACUAUCACAUUGCCCCAAGAUGGGUGUACCAUCUUGCAACAUUAUGGAUGUUUAUUGUGGUUAUUGCCUCAACCUUCACUAAUGGCCUGGUACUGGUAGCCACAGCCAAAUUCAAGAAGCUUCGGCACCCUCUAAACUGGAUCUUGGUAAACCUUGCGAUAGCCGAUCUUUUAGAGACACUAUUUGCCAGCACUGUUAGUGUCUGUAACCAAAUAUAUGGCUACUUUGUCCUUGGACACCCACUUUGCAUUUUUGAGGGUUUCACCGUUGCUUGCUGUGGUAUUGCUGGUUUGUGGUCUCUGACUGUCAUAUCAUUUGAGAGAUGGGUGGUGGUGUGCAAACCUUUCGGAAAUGUAAAAUUUGAUGGUAAAUGGGCAGCUGGUGGCAUUAUCUUCACCUGGGUCUGGUCUGCAUUUUGGACUGCACUUCCUAUCUUUGGAUGGAGCAGGUAUUGGCCUCAUGGCCUGAAGACCUCUUGUGGACCAGAUGUAUUUAGCGGAAGUGAAGACCCUGGAGUUCAGUCUUACAUGAUUGCGCUGAUGAUCACCUGCUGCAUUAUCCCCUUGGCCGUUAUCAUUCUCUGCUACCUUGCUGUGUGGAUGGCCAUCCGUGCUGUUGCAGCACAACAGAAGGAAUCUGAAUCAACACAAAAGGCUGAAAAGGAAGUCACCAGAAUGAUUUUUGUCAUGAUUGCUGCUUAUGUUUUCUGCUGGGGACCAUACACUUUCUUUGCCUGCUUUGCAGCUGCUAACCCUGGUUAUGCCUUUCACCCACUGGCAGCAGCCAUGCCUGCCUACUUUGCAAAGAGCGCCACCAUCUACAACCCCAUUAUUUAUGUCUUUAUGAACCGACAGUUCCGUUCAUGCAUCAUGCAGCUCUUUGGAAAGAAGGUUGAUGAUGGCUCUGAAGUGUCUUCUACCUCCAAAACAGAAGUCUCCUCUGUGGCACCUGCAUAAAUAUCUUCUGACUUGUGGCAAAUGAAAAAGAUUUUAGAACACUGAACUUCUUGAUUUCUUCACUUUUUGUUACCCUGUAAUACUCAACAGUCUAAAAUAUCCAAGAAUAUGGAAUCAAACUCAGUAUUGUGUCAGCUUUAUUGUAUUUUGUAAGAAGUCCAGAAAUUUUGGAGUGAAAAAAGUGAAAUUCACUGAAUUUAAUCCAGUAAGACAUAUCUAUAAAGACAUAUCUGUAUUUUUACAAUAUAAUAUUAUGCAUGUGGUUGUAGCAAGCCCCCAUGAUCAUUUCUUAAUGCAAACAUACUUUAAAACCAUGCUACUCAAUAUAAAAAAUGUAUUGUUAA